AUGGAAAAUGGGAGCCCAAAAGUUCUAAAUGAGGCUGCAAGAGAAUUUGAAGAUAAAAAGGAAGAGUUGUCUGUGGAGAGGAUAUUUGAGAACACUGAGGUUCCCUCAUGGAGACAACAGCUGACACUAAGAGCUUUUGCAGUCAGCUUCUUGCUCUCUGUAAUGUUCUGUUUCAUAGUGAUGAAGCUCAACCUCACAACUGGGAUUAUACCAUCGCUAAACGUGUCGGCCGGACUUCUGGGUUUCUUCUUUGUCAAGACAUGGACUAAAAUGCUCCAGAAAUCCGGCAUGCUGAGGCAGCCCUUCACCCGGCAGGAAAACACUGUCAUCCAGACGUGUGUGGUCGCCUCUUCCGGCAUCGCCUUUAGUGGAGGGUUUGGGAGCUACCUUUUCGGAAUGAGCCAACGGGUGGUCCAGCAAUCACAACACUCAAGAGAUGUUUACGACUACAAGAACCCGUCUCUCGGCUGGAUGAUCGGCUUUCUGUUUGUAGUCAGCUUCCUCGGCUUAUUCUCUGUGGUCCCUCUUCGUAAGAUUAUGAUCAUAGAUUUCAAGUUGACAUAUCCAAGUGGGACUGCGACAGCACAUCUCAUUAACAGCUUCCACACUCCUGAAGGAGCCAAACUAGCAAAAAAACAGGUCAAACAAUUAGGCAAGUUUUUCUCCUUCAGCUUCUUGUGGGGAUUCUUUCAGUGGUUCUUCACUGCUGGUGACAACUGCGGAUUUGUUAACUUCCCAACUUUUGGACUAAAAGCAUACGACUACAAGUUCUACUUCGAUUUCUCGGCAACUUAUGUUGGAGUCGGGAUGAUUUGUCCUCACAUCAUAAAUGUAUCUGUUCUGGUUGGAGGUAUCCUAUCUUGGGGUAUUAUGUGGCCACUUAUUGGGACCAGAAGAGGUGAUUGGUAUUCUGCUGAUCUAUCUCCAAACAGUUUACAAGGGCUUCAAGGCUACAAGGUUUUCAUCGGCAUAGCCAUGAUACUUGGCGAUGGCCUGUACAACUUCUUCAAGGUCCUCAGCCGUACAAUAGCCGGCCUCUUCAUCAAAUUCCACGAACGAAAGGCCAACGCUCGAAUCCCGCUGACCGGAAAUCGAAACUCUCCCAACAAGACCCAAACUUACGACGACCAGAAACGAACCCAACUCUUCCUAAAGGACCAAAUCCCGAAUCCAUUCGCCUUCGGCGGCUACAUAGCCAUAGCCGCAAUAUCCACCAUAACCCUCCCCCACAUAUUCCACCACCUCAAAUGGUACCACAUUGUCGUCAUUUACGCUUUCGCCCCUGCCCUUGCCUUCUGUAAUGCAUUCGGCUGUGGCCUCACCGACUGGUCCUUGGCCUCAACUUACGGCAAACUUGCCAUCUUCACAGUCGGAGCCUGGGCUGGAGUCACCGGAGGCGGCAUCCUAGCUGGCUUGGCGGCAUGCGGUGUGAUGAUGAACAUAGUCUCAACUGCCUCUGACUUAAUGCAGGAUUUCAAGACAGGCUACUUGACAUUGGCUUCGCCUCGAGCCAUGUUCUUGAGCCAAGUGAUUGGAACAGCUAUGGGUUGCGUGAUAUCUCCGUGCGUGUUUUGGGUUUUCUACCGGGCUUUUCCGGACCUCGGACUCCCCACGAGCGAAUACCCGGCUCCCUUUGCGACUGUUUACUACAACAUGGCUAAGUUGGGAGUUGAGGGUGUUUCGGAGCUUCCGGAUAACUGUCUGAACCUGUGUUACGCGUUUUUCGCAGCUGCCAUUGUUGUUAACCUCAUCAGGGACUGUCUGGGGAAAGAGAGGUCAUGGUUUAUUCCACUCCCGAUGGCAAUGGCUAUCCCGUUUUACUUGGGUUCGUAUUUCGCGAUCGACAUGUGUGUUGGGAGUCUCAUACUCUUUGUCUGGCAGAAGAUGAACAGGGCUAAGGCGGAUGCAUUCGGGCCGGCUGUGGCCUCGGGCCUGAUAUGUGGUGACGGGAUAUGGACGCUGCCGAGUUCUGUACUGGCUCUGGCUGGGAUUAAACCUCCCAUUUGCAUGAAGUUUCUGUCGAGGGCGACUAAUAGUAGGGUCGAUAAGAUUUUAGGAUCAUAG